CCCGCGCGCCGCUCUGGCCCCCUCUCUCCAUGGCGCUGCGUUCCCAGUCGCCGGCGCAGGCGACGGGCUUCCGCUUCCCGUCGCGAUGGCGCGGCCCGGGGCAGCGCGGCGGCUGUAGCUGCUCGGCCCGCCUGCCCUUCUCCUUCCCCGCGUCGCUUAUGGCGGCGCCGCACCCCGAGAAGCUGGAGGGCGGAGUCGGUCCCGCCCCGCAGCCGCCGGGCCCAUCGCCUGCGCCGGGAAGCAUCUCCACGGGCCCAGGCCGCAAGCAGGGCAAGGCCGGCCUUCAAAUGAAGAGUCCCGAGAAGAAACGCCGCAAAUCCAACACGCAGGGCCCCGCCUACUCCCACCUCUCGGAGUUCGCCCCACCGCCAACCCCCAUGGUCGACCACCUGGUGGCUUCCAACCCCUUUGAAGAUGACUUCGGGCCCCCCAAAGUCAGCUCCGCCUCGGCUCCUUUCCUCGGCAGCCCCGCACCGUUCGGGAACUUCCGCAUGCAAGGGGCGAUGGGCCCCCAGGUCCCCCCCGGCUACGGGGGAGCCCCGCAACCCAUGCGACGGCAGCCUCCACCCUUCGUCCCGGGCCAGAUGGGCCCCACAUUCAACAUGCCCCCCCAGAAUGCCGGGUACGUCCAGCCCGGUGGGAUGGGCUUUGGAGGGCAGCCCUUCGGACAGCCCCUGGGACAGAACUUCAGCCCUCCCGGCGGCCAGCUCAUGCAAGGACCCAUGGGAGGCUUUGGGCCCAUGAUUUCGCCAACCAUGGGGCAGCCUCCCCGGGGAGGGGAUGUAGGCCCAGGGCCCGGCCUCAACCCCCCAGGAGGCCCUCCAAUGGCCCAGCGCUUCAGCCAGCCGGCUAAUAUGUUCGGACAGUCGCCGAUGCCACGCCCCAACCAGAGCCUCCCCAGCCUACCGCCUAAUCCCAGUCCCUUUCCCGGGCCUGAUCCAGGCUUCCCUCCCGGCGGCGAAGACAACGGUGGCGGCAAGCCGCUCAACCCCCCGGCCAACACCUUCAGCCAAGAGCAGCACACCGGGUCACCGGUGGCCGCCGUGAACGGCACCCAGCCCGCCUUCGCCCCCAACAGCGCAGGGCACGGCGGCACGGGCACCCCCGAGGCCAAUAGCCUGCCGCCACCUCCCGGCAAGGCCGCCGGCAACUCCGGCCAUCAGCCCCCGCCCGGACUGGUGUACCCCUGCGGGGUCUGCCGCAGCGAGGUGAACGACGACCAGGACGCCAUCCUGUGCGAGGCCUCGUGCCAGAAGUGGUUCCACCGGGAGUGCACGGGCAUGACGGAGAACGCCUACGGGCUGCUGACCACCGAGGCCUCGGCGGUGUGGGCCUGCGACUACUGCCUCAAGACGAAGGAGAUCCAGUCGGUCUACAUCCGGGAGGGCAUGGGCCAGCUGGUGGCCGCCAACGACGGCUGAGCCGGCCCCGAGCGGGCGGGCGGCGACCUGAGCCACAGGCGGCAGAGGCGGCUCUUGAUUUUAUACCACUAGACUCUCUCCCGCUCUGUUGGGGCUGCAAGCACCCCCGCGCACGUACGCACACGAGCAUCAGGUCGGUAGGCGGAGACACAAACUCUUACUUCACUGCUUGGCCAGAAGAGCCGUGUCCUCGUGAGACCGGUGGAAACCGAGUCAUUGACUUUGUUCGCGAAACUCCCGUGCCCUUUGGAACCGAAGGGCUGUUCUCAUCUCGACUGGCGGCUUUAUUCCCCCAGAACUGGUUUUGUAUAGAAGUUUGCAUAGCAGCUCUGUAUGAAUAGUCUGCGGCGUAGGGUUCGUUACAUUCCUCUCUAUCCCCUGGCCCCCACGCCAGGCCGCUGCUGUGGCUCGGAGCGCCAAAGUGGCCAGUCCUUGCGUGCCCAGAGAUCCACUGCUGUGGGUCAAAGCAGUGUCCACUCUUCACGUCAAGGGUCGGCCUCUGCUUUCCUCUCUCACCCAAGAGAGGUGGGGCCGUUUUGUGGACAGGUCCCGUGCUAAGCCUAUCCUUUGAUUCUGGCCGAGCUGUUCCGCUAUUACGCCUGGGGUUAGGUGGGACGGGUGUUAUUGGCAAAUCGCAAGCAGCUGCCGCCGUUACCCGGUCUUCCCACGUCUGCCCUGGCGUAUCCGGUCUCUGUCCCUGGUGGGCUCUUCCAAAGAGGAGGAGGAUCCCUUCCCAGAGAUCAACUCGGUUCCUCUUGGUGCUGAUCCCUCCUCCAACACAAUUUGAAAGUUCUGGGAGCUGCCACUCACCCAAGCCGAACUGUUCCAGGCGCCAAGCAAACGACAGACUGCCUAAAAGGUCACGCCCCGGGAUUUAGGCUGCAGCUGCAUGAACCAGGACAGACAAAUCUCGCCCGAAGAAAGCUCUUGGCGGGCUGGGCAUUCAAACACAGCCAUUGCAGGAGAAACUCCUGGAGUUUUUUUUAAAAAAAAACACGUUUGUUUUUAACAUCUUUUUUGCUGUUUCGGUGAAUUUCCCCAGCCCGGACUUUUUUUAUUUUUAUUUUUACUUUUUAAAUUUUUGGUCAAGUGAUUACUGGUGUGGUAUUUUUUAAAACUGUAAAUCCUGCUGGAACCUUAGCAGCAAAAUAAUUUUGCCGU